AUGGGUCUCCUAACCAAAGUCUCGCUAGGUGCUACGGCCGCCUUCUCGAUCGCCCGUGUGCAAGCAGCGCCAGCCUCCAAUGCGUUGUAUAAACAUGUCUUGGUUUUCAGCGUCGAUGGCAUGCACUCGAGCGACGUUGAGAAAUAUGUAGCGGUCCGACCAGAAUCAAACAUAUCCAAGCUAUUAUCAACCGGCUACGAAUAUUCCAAUGCCUUCACCUCCGCACCAUCUGAUUCAUUUCCGGGCUCCAUUGCGCAGUAUACAGGUGGCAGUCCAAGGACUACUGGUAUUUGGUACGACGAUGUUUGGGACUGGACAUAUUAUCCCGCUGGCAGCAACUGCACGGGUGUUCCGGGCGCCGAAGUCCAGUACGCCGAGAAUGUUGAUUACAACUCGACAUUACUGUGGUCUGGUGGCAUUGACCCGGGCAAUCUGCCAAUGACUUUCGUCAACGGCAAAUGUGAGUCAAUCUACCCGCACAUGAGACUUCAGGUCAAUACCGUCUUCGAGGUCAUCACAGCUGCUGGCCUGCAGACUGCAUACGUGGACAAACAUCCGGCAUACGAGAUCAUGAAUGGACCCAGUGGGAAAGGACUAUCGGCUGGUUACUUCCCUGAGAUUCAAGCCGUGCCAAACAAUGUCAAUGCCACAAUCGCAUAUGAUGAACUACACGUGCAAGCUUGGCUCAGCUUCAUCGACGGCACAACACCAGCCAACUCAACAGGACAUCUAGCUCCGUCUUCGAUGCCCGCAUUGAUCGGAGGUAAUUUUCAAGCAGUAUCGGUUGCCCAGAAAACCGUCGGAUAUAUGAAUGAUUCUUCAUUCAGCCCAGCACUACUUCACGCUUUCGAUUACGUUGACGGAGCGUUUGGCCGAAUUGUGACAAAGCUUGAUCAGAAAGGGCAACUGAAUGAAUCUUUGAUCAUUAUCGCAAGCAAACAUGGUCAAGCUCCGAUCAAUCCUCAGCUAUGGAAUGAGGUCGAUCCAGAUGCAUUGGUAAAUGCGACCGGCGUGCCAACAGCCUUUCUCACGGCGGAUGAUAUUGGUCUUCUCUGGUUGAACGACACCGCUGACAUUCCCACCGCCGUUGAAAAUCUCCACAAGAAUGCUUCGAACCUGAAGAUCCAAACCACGCUUUCCGGGACACAGCUCGUUGCACAAGGCUUCGGCAACCCAAUGGCGUCCUCACGCGUGCCGCAUAUUAUCGUGCAACCCGAAUUAGGGACCUGUUACACCACUUCGCAAUCCAAAUUAGCAGAGCAUGGUGGAUUGAGCGACGAUGAUCGAAAGGUAGCUUGCUUCAUUAGCAAUCCCAAGCUCCAGAAGAAGGUGUUUAAUGGCAGGGUCAAUACCACGCAAGUGGCGCCAACUAUCCUGAAGGCUCUAGGGCUUGAUCCUAAAGCUCUUGAAGCAGUGUUGCAGGAAAACACCCAAGUUCUGUAUGGCUUUCAAUGA